AUGGGACACAGUCCUGGCAACGUACAGAGAUCGGGUCGGCAACUUGAGAAGAUGACUUUUGCAUUCCUAGUGCUGACAUGGAUCUUCAUACUCCUCAGAGUAUGGACUCGUACACGAAUCAUCUCGAGUUUUGGCUGGGAUGAUUCGACCAUGUUGCUCGCCGCGAUCACCUUCACGGUGUUCUGCUCAUCACAACUAUACAUAGAAGCAAACGGUGGUGGGACGCAUAUCACCAACAUACAUCAUCUCCAAAUGCUUGUGAGAUGGGUAGUUGUUAGUGAAGCAUCGUAUUGCGCUACAAUGAUGAUUCUCAAAAUCUCUCUUGGAUUGUUCUUCAAACGUAUCGUAGCCAAGCGCUGGCAGCUCAACAUGAUCUACGUUACCGUCGGAAUCAACAUCUGUUCAUCUACCACCGCAUUCUUCUAUGUUAUAUUUCGAUGUGGAUCAGACAUCAAUGUAUACAUCAUCCGGCAGUUAUCAGAUCAGUGUGCAUCGAAGAAAUUGGAUACUUUCAUGGCCUACCAGCAAGCCAGUAUCACUACCAUAACGGACCUCGUCUUCGUUCUGUUACCUAUCACACUCCUUUGGAAUGCAAACAUGCAUAAAAGGUCGAAAAUCUCCGUCGGGGUCAUUCUCUCUCUAGGCGCUCUGGGCUGCAUAUGCUCUAUGAUCCGUUUCAAAUAUGUUGAUAAGCUUACGCAAUUCGACGACUUUUUCUGGAACGUGGUCAGCAUAUCUACCUGGUCUACGAUCGAAGCAGGCAUCGGCAUCAUAGCAGGAUGUCUAGCAACGCUUCGCCCUUUUGUAAGAAACAUGGCAGCCAAAGCGCGAACAUCAAGCUCGCCACUAUACAGUUGUUUACAAAAGAUCACGAGUUCUUUUAGUUCAAGCUCAAAGUCUACAUCGAGACAUGGUGAGCUGCCAAGAUUCAAUACUGUAGCGUCUGGCAACAGAGACAGUGAUACGAAACAAUCAAGCAAGAACACGAAUGCAAAAGGGAAUGAGUUGAAUUAUAUUGAAUUUCCAACGCCGCAUAGCGAGAUGAUUGCGAUGAGUUCAGACGUGGGGAGAAUGCGAGAGAGCACAGAUUGUAUUCUCCAGCGCGAUGAAGGACCCGCCAUACAGUAUCCACAGAGGGCGAGCUCGAUGCCCUUCAAACAGAGACCCGGAUGA